GCGCGGAUGUUUGGGGAGAGGCAAGGAGAGGCACUAGACAGAGGAGGAGCUCUGUCUCCCGGGAAAAGACACAUCUGUGCUGCCGCCAUGUUGGACCAGAGUGAAACAUUAGCAAUAGUAGUUGUAGGAGUAGUGGCCUGAGAUGGUCUUAGCUUGUGAUGUGUUCACUGCCUCUAUUCUUUCGAGGUAAUUUUAUUUUCGCCUUUAAAUCACGUUGGCUCAGUUAAGUGGCUCUGGGCUUCCGGCAACCGGAACUGUUCCAGAAUAUAGAAUUUUUGAAGAUGACCACUGAAGUAAAAUCAUCUCCAAAAUAUGCCUUUCGUAAUUGAUAUAGACCUCAAUGUGAAUGGCUACAUAACAUGUUACUGCACUAACAGAAGAAUUUGUCGAAAUAAUUUCUUACUGCUAAGUGAGGAACCUUGGGUACAUUUCAAACUCUGCUGUGAGUACAAAGAGUCUGCAUUGGCAUGAAUCGUUACACCACUAUGAAGCAACUUGGAGAUGGAACAUAUGGCUCCGUUCUCAUGGGAAGAAGUAUAGAUUCAGGAGAGCUAGUUGCCAUUAAAAAAAUGAAGAGGAAGUUCUAUUCUUGGGAUGAAUGUAUGAACCUCAGAGAAGUCAAGUCACUGAAGAAAUUAAACCAUGCGAACGUAAUCAAACUGAAAGAAGUUGUGCGAGAAAAUGAUCACCUCUAUUUUGUUUUCGAAUAUAUGAAGGAAAAUCUCUAUCAGCUGAUGAAAGACAGAAACAGACUCUUUCCUGAAUCAUCCAUUCGAAACAUCAUGUACCAGAUCCUUCAAGGACUAGCUUUUAUCCACAAACAUGGAUUUUUUCAUCGUGACAUGAAACCAGAAAACCUCCUUUGUAUGGGACCAGAACUAAUAAAAAUAGCUGAUUUUGGUCUAGCUCGUGAAAUUCGAUCUCGUCCACCGUACACAGAUUAUGUAUCUACAAGAUGGUACCGAGCACCCGAAGUCCUUCUACGCUCGACAAAUUACAGUUCUCCUAUUGACAUGUGGGCUGUUGGUUGUAUUAUGGCAGAACUAUACACAUUAAGACCUCUCUUUCCUGGCUCCAGUGAAAUAGAUGAGAUUUUCAAAAUUUGCCAAGUUUUAGGAACCCCUAAAAAGAAUAACUGGUCAGAAGGCUAUCAGCUUGCAGCAGCCAUGAAUUUCCGUUGGCCUCAGUGUGUCCCCAAUAACCUCAAGACUUUGAUUCCUAAUGCAAGUAGCGAAGCUAUUCAACUCAUGAGAGAUAUGCUCCAAUGGGACCCAAAAAAGCGACCAACUCCGAGCCAGGCACUACGUUAUCCCUAUUUCCAUGUUGGUCAAGCUCUGGGAACUCCUCAGCAAAUGCAAGAAUAUGGAAGGCAGCAAAGAGAAACACAGCACAAACAUUCGGUUAAUCAGUUGAAGCCUGUACCUCCACCUCAGCCCCCACCUCUGCAUCAUCCUCAUCCACCUUCAAGGCCACUUCAACAAAUUACACCCUCUCAGCAUCAAAUAUAUAUGAGGCAAACAGAUCCAGCACCUGGUUCACUUGACAGAGAAAACCAAGGCGAACAAGAGAAACCCCAUCAAAAUCUUCUUCCUUCACUAAAUACCAAAAUAUCUCAGAAAGUGAACAGGACAGAGGAAAGUGUAUGCAGCAGCAGCAGCAGCAGCAGCAGCACACAGCCAAAAGGCAAUGCACGACGAUGGAGUAAUGUGGUUUUGAAAGAUUUCAACAACCGGAGUGAUUCAGGGGACUUAACAUUUAGCUCGCUAACUAAAAAUGCACAUUUAAAUGAUACAAAAAAACAAAUUCAAGAAUCACAGUUUAAAAUGGGAAACCUUUUAGAUUUCUCUUCAAAUAGUAAAUCAAACAGCAACAAUAUGCCUACAGCCAUUAUAAUGCCUCAACCAGAUACAACUGCAUCUAGAGCUUCUUCAGCCAAGUAUCACUAUCUGAAACAAUCCAGGUAUCUACCAGGAAUAAAUGCCAAGAGCACCCCACUUGCCAAUGCAGGUAAAAAUUUCAAUACUCGCAGCCCCUGGGCUAAUUCUAAUCUUUCCAGUAAACCUUUAGGAGUGGUUGGAGGAGCUCUUCCCGUCAGCAAUGCAGUUUAUGCAACUAGGACUGAUUCCUCUGGAGGAUACACGUCAUUUCUUAAAAAAGAAGUUGGAUCUGCUGGUCAAAGAGUGCAGUUAGCACCGGUUGUGGAAACUGAUUCUAAUUAUGCAACUUGGAAAUCCAGUCGAACACAGAUGGGAUGUCAGCCAUAUAAUUCAUCAAGCAAAAGCAUCAGUGGGUUAAUUCCACGUCCGCCUGCAGUCCAUCCAAUACAUGGACGAAUUGACUGGUCUUCCAAAUAUGGAGGACAUCGAUAAAAAUAGAUGUAUUUAACAUUCCAACAACUACUGAGUGUCGGUUUCUUAAUAUCAGCCAAUAUCACAAUUUCUCUGAAAAUUGCCACAUUUAAAGAUGAAUCUGUAUUUCAAGAACCCAAAAUAUUACUUGUGAUUUGGUUAGAUUUGCUUUCAUUAACAGUUGACGUUUUUUACACUUCUUCAGAAGAUAUUUUUGCAAGAGCUUUCUGAAAAUUUACCAGUUAAUAGUAAUUUAAUUUUUUUUUACAUUUUUCUACUUCUGUAUAUAUUGCCUAAUGUGUAUAACAAGUUAUCAGGUUUUUUAAUAAAUACAAAUGUAGUGUAUUAAGUAUUUUUGUUAAAGGGCAGGUAGACACAUGCAGAUCUUUUUGCAUAUGAAAACUAGUAUUUGAGGAAUAUACUCUGAUUGUGAUAUGCAGGUACACUAAAAGUGAGAGUCAUUGAAAUUUGCCUGUGGCAAUCUACCAAGAACGCAUUUAUUUUUCUAAUUUUGGUGGGGGAUAUGGUUGGAAUUUAUUAUCAAAUGUGAGGAAUGCUUACAUUUGUAGCAAAGUUAUUGACUAGUCUUUUAAAAAGUAAGCAAAAAUAAUUUUAUUCACUUUUUUUGUCUUUUAUCAUCUGCUACUUUCUUUGACGGGAACAGACUUGCUCCCAGGUCUCCCUCUACAGUACAUUUAACUAGUUAUAAAAAAAGUUUCCCCUUGGCCUGCUGAUUUUCCUUCCUUUGUACCCAGUGGUGUCUUUCUCUAGUUGCACAAGAGAUACAGCCAAUCUGUUGCAUGGAAACCUCUGACCUCAUAUAUGUAUGUGUCAUUAAAUAGCACAAGCACAUUUUACAAGUGUUCUAUACCACUUCCCAUCUUUGUACCUGUCUUUGCCAAAUAAUUUUCAGGUGAUUUUGAAAGUACAUUGUGGAAAUUUACUUCCAAAUGUAUUACCUGUAGAUUACGGCAUAUAUAUCCACUUUUAAAGCUUUGAAAAAAAAAUCAAGUUGAUUUACAGUUAUUUUUUACGCACUGUCUUCACAGUUGUUGCUACAAACUUCUGGAGCAGGUGCGACUUGAACUCGGGCAUCCUGGCCUAGAGGUAAGGAUGCCACCACUGCAUUACUAGGCCCCAAUUUCAAAUUUCGUCAGUGAUUUGAAUCCAUGCCCACACAGCAUUCACCUGGUCCACUUGGCAACUAGACCAGCAAGGCUACCAAUACACUGACCUCUUCCCUAAAGGAUUGACUUGUACAAGGAGUGUAAAUUGUGAAUGAUCAGUGUUUGGGGAUACAGGAGGACUGAUUCCUGUUUGUUGGUCUCCAUGCAUGCUUUGCUUUGUGUGUGUGUGUGUGUGUGGGCAUGUCUUAAAUUUCUGCAAGUCAUCUUGGCAACACGGCCAGUGUUGCUUGCUUACUCUAAUGCCCUGACUUGAGGCAUGUAUAACCUAAACAUGUAUCUCAGAGCUGAAAGUUCAGGCCGACUCCUAAUAUGUAAAUGGCGCUAAACAUUUAUUUGUGAAAAAAUGGAGAUGGGGUCAAUUUAUAUGCUAAGUAUAGACCGAAAUAUACAUUUUGGUACUGUAAAUCUGGGACCAUCUUGAAUACCAAACCAGUUUGUACCCUGUGAUCUAAGAAACUUGUGAUGAUCAAAGGAAAUUCCAUUUUUAUGUGUUAAACAAAAGUGUGUGCAGACAUAAUGCCUGGACUAAAAUUUACAUAGUCUGUGCGACUAAAAGACCAAACCAAAUAGCCAGUACAACAGUAUUUUCCUUGUCUUUUACCAGCAACUAACUUAUAAAGUGCGCUGUUGAGGUUUUAGUUGCAUUUCUAAAACCCUCCAAUAUACAAUGCUGCCAUUUUCUUUCCUGGAAACACAUUGAAUGAGUUUACUGUUGAUUUAAAGAUGACCAUUUUCAAUAUUCUUGUGGCUGGUCACAAUUUAUUUACUUGCCAUUCUCCAGUCAAAACUUGCAUCUUCUCUGCAUAGUGUUGGAGCAAGUGACCUUUCCAUGGAUUUGGAUAAAAAUGAAAUUGAAAGGUUGUUCUCCCUGGGCCUAGAGCUUCUGUUUUCUGGUCUGCAAUGUAAGAUCAGUUCCAGAGUUCACACAAAGUGACAUUGAAUGGUCUCCAUUUUUUUUUUGGAAUUUUGACUGGAUUUUUCUCAAUAUUUUGUUGCAUAAAUUUAGUCAAAAUUCCAGUUGUGCUUUUCCAUAUGUGGGGGUCUCCUUUUUCUUUGCAGAUAUUUUCCCAAAAUACUUCCGUUGUUUUGGUGUUUUUGAAACAUACUGCUAUAUCUAUGUUACAUAAAUCUCUUCCUUCCCAUUUUAACCAGUAGUGUAACUCAUCAGAUGCUAAAUAGUGAAAUCAAAAUGUAUUAAAGCAAUGCAGGAAAUUGCAUAUGUUAAAUGAGUUUCAAUUGUGCUCAAUAUUUUACAUUUUUAUAGCUUUAAUAGUUUAAAAAUUAUUCAGUCAAAUUUUCUUUAAUACUGUACUGUUAAUUUCAAAGAUUUUACUCUUAACAAAACUAUUUCUUGGACUUAUAUCAGUUGUAUAGCAUUAAAAUUUUAAUUUAAUUGCUCAUUGCUACUAUUUUUUCUCGCACCUAUG